UGUUCUUCCCAUUUCCCACCUCUAUUAAACAAAAAUUUCCCAAAAGAACAGGUUCUUCCCACCAUAAGAAAAACAAGAGAGAAAACCCCUUCUUAAAACCCACUUAUUUUCCUCAAAAAAUCACAAUCCUUGUUCAGGUCUUCUAUCAGCAGCAACAAGGUUAGAAUUUGAGCAAAUUAAGCAAAGAUGGUAAGUGGGUUGAUUAAUGCAAAUCCAACGGUUUACGAGAAGAAAGAACGCCGGAUUCGCGACCACCCAUCCGACCCCACCGACGAGUAUGCGGUUGAACCUAUUGACGACCUUGAGAUUUUUGAUCAUAUUCGAGACAUAAAAGAUCCAGAGCAUCCGUAUUCGUUAGAAGAGCUGAAAGUGCUAACAGAAGAGUCUGUUGAAUUAGAUGACAAACGUGGUCAUGUUCGUGUUACAUUUACACCAACAGUUGAACAUUGCAGUAUGGCAACAGUAAUUGGUCUAUGCUUGAGGGUGAAACUUAUGCGCAGUUUGCCUUCGCGUUACAAGGUGGACAUUAGAGUAGCUCCAGGAACCCAUGCCACUGAAGCUGCAGUUAAUAAACAGUUGAAUGACAAGGAACGCGUAGCAGCUGCUUUGGAAAAUCCGAACCUUGUGGAUAUGGUUGACGAGUGUCUAGCUCCAUCAUAUGCUUGAUUUGAAGCCAUAAUGUGUAGUAGUAGUAGUUACUUUGUGGGAUGUUUUGCCUUGUACUAUUAGUUGCUGUAAAUGUCUCCAAAAUUUUUGUUUCUAUUUGGUAAUUUUUUAUUUAGUGUUGUUGUUUAGUUGGUGCUUUUGUUCUACAGGCAGUUAUUGAGCCUUCUAUUUGUGCUACAAACAGUCAAAACUGUUAUUUUAAAAACUGAAACCUACUUUACAGAA